CAAUGCCUCGGCAUUAGAGAAAGAGAUUGGUCCAGAACAGUUUCCAGUCAACGAGCACUAUUUUGGAUUAGUCAAUUUUGGGAAUACUUGCUACUGCAAUUCAGUUCUUCAAGCACUUUAUUUUUGUCGUCCUUUUCGGGAACAAGUUCUCGCGUACAAGAGCCAACCUAGGAAAAAGGAGAGCCUCCUUACGUGCUUAGCGGACCUCUUCCACAGCAUUGCCACCCAGAAGAAAAAGGUUGGAGUCAUACCUCCUAAGAAGUUCAUAACAAGAUUACGGAAAGAAAAUGAGCUUUUUGACAACUACAUGCAGCAAGAUGCCCAUGAAUUCUUAAAUUACCUACUAAACACGAUUGCUGAUAUUUUACAAGAAGAGAGAAAGCAGGAAAAACAAAAUGGUCGUUUGCCCAACGGUAAUAUUGACAGUGAAAAUAACAACAGCACACCAGACCCAACGUGGGUUCAUGAGAUUUUUCAGGGAACAUUAACUAAUGAAACCAGAUGUCUUACUUGUGAAACUAUAAGCAGCAAAGAUGAAGAUUUUUUAGACCUUUCUGUUGACGUGGAACAAAACACAUCCAUUACUCACUGCUUAAGGGGUUUUAGCAACACAGAAACUCUAUGCAGUGAAUACAAAUACUACUGUGAAGAAUGCCGCAGCAAACAGGAAGCGCACAAACGGAUGAAAGUUAAAAAGCUGCCUAUGAUUCUAGCUCUGCAUCUGAAGAGAUUUAAAUAUAUGGAUCAACUUCAUCGAUAUACAAAACUUUCUUACCGGGUAGUUUUUCCUUUAGAACUUCGUCUAUUUAACACUUCAGGCGAUGCAACCAAUCCUGACAGAAUGUACGACCUCGUGGCCGUCGUGGUUCACUGUGGAAGUGGUCCCAAUCGAGGCCAUUAUAUUGCAAUAGUUAAGAGUCAUGAUUUUUGGUUGUUGUUUGAUGACGACAUUGUAGAAAAAAUAGAUGCACAAGCUAUCGAAGAAUUCUACGGGUUGACGUCAGAUAUCUCAAAGAACUCUGAGUCUGGCUACAUCCUUUUCUAUCAGUCCCGGGACUGAGGGAACUGCGAUGGAGAGAGACUUUCUGCCUCAUUUCUUCUCUGGUUAUUUGGGAAAGGAUCCAGCACCAGUUUUCCAAGAAAAGAGAAAUGCAGGAAGCUCAGGGGGCAGUAGCACACUUUGCACACAGUAAAGCAAAGACUGGAUUAACACGCUCUUC